UGCGAACAGAAGAGAGAGUUCAAAAUUGAAAACCAGUCUGUCAAUGUCAAAACUGGCAAAGAGAGUGUCCUCAUGCUAAGCUCCGUUAGGCCGGCCAGCACCUGGUCUCAGAUUCCUUUCAUGGCAGGCUGAGUCAACGCCUGAUCCCCUUAUUUAGCUCGCGGACGUGUCUGGAGCCUUACUAGGCUUCUCGUUUUCACUCUUGCCAAGCAAGAACGGUUGCUUUUCUUGAUUUCGGGGGAUCGAAUUGCGAUGGCGAACGAGCCGAGCCACGGUCGUCGUAGUUCGCGUCGGUUCCUGGUGCUGUGCGUGCUCGUCCUUCUCCCCUCGCUCGUCCUCGGAGAUUGCACGUGCGACAGCACUGGCGCGGGGCGCAACAAGGAGGAGGCUCUCAAGUACAAAGUGGGCGCGCUGGUGGCUAUCCUCUUCGCGAGCGCGGUCGGUGUGUGCAUCCCGUUGCUCGCCAAGGUCAUCCCGGCCCUUCGCCCCGACAAGGACCUGUUCUUCCUAGUCAAGGCGUUCGCGGCCGGCGUGAUCCUCUCGACGGGCCUCAUCCACGUCCUCCCCGACGCCUUUGACAGCCUGACAUCGCCGUGCCUCAACAACAACCCUUGGGGCAAGUUUCCCUUCGCGGGGUUCGUGGCGAUGGUCUCAGCGAUCAUGACGCUGAUGGUGGACACCUACGCAACCUCCUACUACACGAGGCUACACUUCAGCAAGGCUCGGCCGGAGGGCGAGGGGGACGAGGAGCACGCCGCUGGUGGAGAUCACGCCGGACAUGUACACGCGCACACCCAUACUGCUCACGGGCACGCCCACGGCUCGGCCUAUCAGAAUCAAGAACCGGGCACGUCGGAACUCCUUCGCCAUAGAGUCGUAUCGCAGGUCUUGGAGCUGGGGAUCGUGGUGCACUCGGUGAUCAUAGGGAUUUCCCUGGGGACUUCCGGGAGUACAAGCACGGUGAAGACGCUGAUGGCUGCUUUGACUUUCCAUCAGUUCUUUGAAGGCAUGGGACUCGGUGGUUGCAUCACUCAGGCCAAGUUCAAGUCAAGAGCCAUAAUAAUAAUGGCCCUCUUCUUCUCCCUCACCACGCCGCUCGGGAUCGCCAUCGGCAUCGGGAUAUCCGACACGUACGACGAGAACAGCCCGAAGGCGCUGAUCAUCGAGGGCGUCUUCGACGCCGCGUCCGCCGGCAUCCUGGUCUACAUGGCGCUCGUCGACCUGCUCGCGGUGGACUUCAUGAGCGCCAAGGUGCAGGGCAACGGGAGGCUCCUGCUGUCGUGCAAUUUCUUCCUCCUGUUCGGCGCUGGGUGUAUGGCCUUCUUGGCCAAAUGGGCAUGAACGAGUCUCAAAC